AUGACAUAUCAAGUAAGGGAGGUGUGGGAAAGUGUGAUCAAGGAAAGAAUGUGGGUGAUGGAGUGGGUAUGCGGUGAGAUUGUGGACAGCAGGCUUGUUAUUCCUGACUGGCCGGGCGGCCAGCAGAACCCACAAAACAGCACUGCCUCUGUGGAUGGCCGAAGCAGGGUGCUAGGGAGUGAAUGA